AUGGCCCUGGCCCACAGCCCCCGAAAGGCAUUGAUCUGGGUUUUGAGUGACCUUGAGGAGAAAAGCUUCAAGCUAUUCAAGUUCCACUUACGGGACAGAAGCCUGCUUGAGAGGCAGCCACAGCUGGCUCGGGGGGAGCUGGAGGACCUGAGCCGGGUGGACCUGGCUUAUUUGCUGAUUUCCCUGUAUGGAGCACAGGAGGCCGCAAAGGUGGUGCUCAGGAUCCUGAAGGUCAUGAACCUGUUGGAACUAGUGGACCAGCUCAGCCACAUCUGUCUGAAUGAUUACAGAGAAAUAUACCGAGAGCAUGUGCGCGGCCUGGAGGAGAGGCAAGAGGGGGGACCCUGCGGCAGCCACAGCCAGCUGCUCCUCGUGGCCAGGCCUAGCCCGGAGAGCCCAGAAUCGUCUGCCCUCCCCGUUCUGGAGCAAGAGCUGGACUCUGUGUCGCUGCAGGCUCUGUUUGAUCCAGGAGAAAGGCCUUACCAAGCCCCGCCCACAGUGGUACUACAGGGGUCUGCUGGCACUGGAAAGACAACACUGGCCAGAAAAAUGGUGCUGGACUGGGCCACUGGCACCCUUUACCAAGGCCAGUUUGAUUAUGUCUUUUAUGUCAGCUGCAGAGAAGUGGUCCUGUUGCAGGAGGGCAGACUACACCAGCUCCUCUUCUGGUGUUGUGGGGACAACCAGGCACCUGUGGACGAGAUGUUGAGGGAGCCAGAGCGGCUGCUGUUCAUCCUGGACGGCUUUGAUGAGCUGCAGAGGCCCUUUGCAAAGGGCUUGAAGAGGCUGAGUCCGAGCUCUAUGGGGGAAAUCCUGCACUCUCUAAUUAGGAGAGAGGUGCUUUCCACAUCUUCACUUCUUAUCACCACCCGGCCCCUGGCUUUGCCGAAUCUGAAGCCCUUGCUGAAACAGUCGCAUCAUAUUCACAUCCUAGGCUUUUCUGAGGAUGAGAGGAGGAGGUAUUUCAGCUCCUAUUUCACAGAUGAGGAGCAAGCCAGAAAUGCCUUUGACAUUGUACAAGGGAAUGAUGUUCUCUACAAAUCAUGUCAGAUUCCAGGCAUCUGUUGGGUGGUCUGCUCCUGGUUGAAGGGGCAGAUGGAGAAGGGCAGGGAGAUCUCAGAGACUCCCAGUAAUGACACAGACAUCUUCAUGGCCUAUGUCUCUACCUUCCUGCCGCCCAGUGACAAUGGAGGCGGCUCUGAGGUUACCCGGCACAGGGUCCUGAGGGGUCUGUGCUCCUUAGCAGCUGAGGGGAUCCAGCACCAGAGGUUCAUGUUUGAAGAAGCUGACCUCAGGAAGCACAAUUUAGAUGGGACCAGGCUUGCUGCUUUCCUGAGCAGCAUGGAUUACCAAGAGGGAUUUGACAUCAAGAAGUUCUAUACCUUCCGCCACAUUAGCUUCCAGGAAUUUUUUUAUGCCAUGUCCUACCUGGUGAAAGAGGACCAGAGUCAGCUGGGGAAAGAGUCCCACAGAAAAGUAAACAGCCUUCUGGAUGAAGAGGGGCAGGCAGGGAACGAGGAGAUGACCCUCAGUACACGGUUUUUAUUGGACAUAUCGAGAAAAGAGACCUCCUCGAACUUUGAGCUAAAGUUCUCCCUCAAAAUUUCUCCCUCGGUACAGCAGGAUCUGAAGCAUUUUAAAGAAAAAUUGGAAUCUAUAAAAUGUAACAGGGCCUGGGAUUUGGAAUUAUCUCUGUAUAAGUCUAAAAUAAAGAAUCUGGUAAAGGGCGUUCAGAUGAGCGAUGUAUCGUUUAAGAUGGAACAUUCAAAUAAAAAGAAAUCCCAUGGCAAGAACUCAUUUUCUGUCAAAACCAGCUUGAGCAAUGGAUGGAAAGAAAAGCAAAAAUGUCCUUGUGACAAUAAUAUAGCAAAGGCUCAAGAGAAGUCUUCUAAUGAAAAAGGCAGAGAGGCAGAGGAAUGA